AUGUCAAACUCAUCUCUGGUUAACUACACUACCGUCACCCGCGACAUCGACGCGCCGAUCGGCGAAGUCUGGGGGCUCGUGGCAGGCUUCGGCGCCGAAAAAGCAUGGUACCCAGGCGCCAAGUCUGUAUCUCUUGAAGGGUUCGGACUAGGCAGCGUCCGCACCUUCAACUAUGUCUAUCCCGCCGGCAAAAACAAGGGCCAGGAAUAUACCUUCUCCGAGGAGCUUACAGAUUACGACGCUUCCAAGCACUCCAUGACUUUUCAGGUCCGAAGGCCCGAUUACCCUGACAUGGUCGCCUUUGGAACAACCGUCUUAGACUCACUCGGGCAUAACAAGACCCGUUUCCGCUGGAUUGCAGAGGGCUCGCCCUUGCCUGAUGAGUUUAUGGCAGUUUUGCGAGAGGAUCUCAAUGAGCGGUUCGAUGGGCUUAUUGUUGCUAUUGCCAAUCAGCUAGUCUAG